AUGGGUUGUGGAUCAUCAAAGGAAGCUCCAAAGUUUAAGAAUGAUGACUACUACAACAGCAGCUAUAACCAGGGCUAUGAUUACAGUAAACCGACUACCAAACCCGAAGAGCACCAUCCAGACUGGAGAGAAGGCAACCUGCAUUAUGAUGACAAUGAUUGGAAAGACAAAAACUAUCCAAAUUAUCCUGCUGAAUCAUCCAACAAACAUUCAGAUGACACUGAAGAUGAAACUCCCUUUGAUGAUGAUGAUGAUGGAGUUACUGACCGAGGAACAUACCAGAAAAAUGAAACAGGACUGCUAACAAAAGUGCUAGAUGCUCGCAGUAAAUUUUUAGAUGAAAAACCAGAAAAACGGCCGCAGAUAACACCUGGUAAAUUGUAUGUUGAUGAUUCUUUUCCUCUGAAGACUGCAAUAAAAGACAACAAAAAUAUUAGCUGGAAGCGACCAAAGGAUUUUUUGGAAAACCCCAAAUUGUUUACAGAAGGAACCACACGUUUCGACAUUGGACAAGGCACCGCUGGAACUUGCUGGUUUUUGGCUGUUCUUGCUGAGAUUGCAGAUAGAAAGGAUCUCAUAAAGCGGAUUAUACCAGAAGAUGCAUACUUCAUUGACAAUCCCAACAAAUAUGAUGGUGUUUUCCAUGCCCGUUUUUUCGAUUUUGGCAAAUGCAAAGAUUUCUACACUGAUGACUGUUUGCCAGUUAUAAAUGGAGAUCAGUUGUGGGGUGCCCAUUCUUCAACAGAUUGUAAUGAACUGUGGGUGGCACUCUGUGAGAAGGCCUUUGCUAAAAUGCAUGGCUCCUAUGAUGCCAUCUACGGUGGUCAGCCAGGAGAGGCUUACUAUAUGCUCACUGGUGGCAUUUGUGAACGUAUUGAGCUUGAUGUCUAUGAUGAUGAUCAGAAGGAAUUGGUUCUCUUCAACCGAACCAAAAAUGCACUUGCUUCUGGUUGUCACUUAUCAUGUAUUGUGCCAGAUGAAUGUGACAAAUAUAAAGGUCUUGUGGGUGGCCAUGCAUACUCUCUGACAGGUGUCUUUGAACACCCGAAAACCAACACAAGACUGAUCAAAAUAAGGAACCCAUGGGGAGCAGGAGAAUGGAAAGGUGACUGGAGUGAUGGGAGUCCACAGUGGUCAGCUAUUUCAAACAGUUCAGCAUCACUUCCUAAAAAGGAUGAUGGAGAGUUUUAUGUCUCACUCUCAGACUUCAUGAAAUAUUUUUCACACACAGUCAUUUGUUCCCAGACUCCAGAUUCUGACUGUGAUGGAAGACCAGAUGCCCUCAAUCAUGUGCUCAACAUAUAUGGGGAAUGGUAUGGAAAAACUGCAGCAGGUUUUCAUAACCGUUUGCAAAACCAACGAUUUGCCUUCACCGUUACAGACAAAGGACUAGUGGAUAACAGUUACAUGCCACUGGUUGUCCAAGUUAUUCAGCAAUGCAAGAAUAGAAAAGCUGAUAAAAUUUCAAUCAGAUGUGAUGUUUUCAAGGUUUUGGCGAACAAAAUUCAACCAAAGGGUCGCCAGAUGGCGCUAGACAAUCUGGGUAAAAAUACAAAUGUGUACACACCUGAACUACAAACAACGUACAGAUUCAAGCUGAGACCUGGGCGUUAUGUGAUCAUUGCAUCAACUGCUGAAAAGGGUCAGGAGAAGGCUUUUUUACUACGUCUGUUCACACCAUGUCCACUUGAAAAUGUCAAAGAAAUUCCACAGAAAGCAAAUGUGGUUGCCUGUGAAAGUGAAAACAGUGUGGAUGUCAGAGGAAGGACUUACAAUUUAACAUUUCAGAAAGUGCUUUUUGGAGAAUUCAUCAUUGGACGUAAUGCUGGAGGGCAAGUAAGAAACCGAGCCAGCUACCAUACAAAUCCACAGUAUCUCAUUAGCAUCCGUGACACAGAAACUCCACUUGUCAUUCAAGUCAUGCAGGCUCUGUCGGAACCUCUGUAUCCAAUUGGUGUCAGGAUCUUCCAGCUUGAGAGAGACACAAAACCACCUGUUGGUAUCAAGUAUCUGUAUGAGCACUAUGACAGCUGUCCAUCUCACAUGGAAGGCUCUCAGACCAAGUUUGUAGAAGCUGAGAAUGUCACUGUCAGGUACUUUCUGCCACCUGGGAGAUACCUUGCUGUUGUGUUUUUGGACAAGCCAAACACAGAGAAGCCAUUCUGCAUUGUUUUCAGAGCUUCAACACAUGUUGCUGUCAAGGGUUUCCAGACUGGAUAA